CGAAAAUGUCUGCUGUGGUCGGUGCUGGCAGCAGAUGCCGCCUACCACUGCGUCCCUUCGGACAACAACUUGCAGCUCGUCGAUGGCGCUCAACUUCAGGCGGAGAAGGCACAUCGGGGCCCGCAGAGACACCACUGUCUCUACUACAAAGACCAUUGGGAGUGAGAGAACGACCGCAGGCUCACACGAAGACAUGGGAGGACACUCGGAAAGAGCUCAUGGACGAGGAAGCACGACUAAGACAGCGUGAACACCUCUUGAAGGAGGCCACCAAAGGUUACUUUACGGACCUGAACGCGACCAGGCGUCAUGGCGGUAAGUCGUGGAUAGCACCAAACGUCAUGAUCAGGGAAGACAAAGCUCUCUAUUUCCCCAACGUGACCGGUUCCAGAUUGGAUACUAGAGAAGAGGCUCAUACGACAGAUAUGUGCCAGGGGCGUGUGUCCGUCAUAGCCAUGCUGUCUACGAGGAUGUCGGAGGUUCAUGUCAAAGGAUUCGUAGCACCCACUAAUGCGCGGUAUUUGUCAAACUCGCGAUAUCAAUACAUCCAAAUCAACUUGCAGGAAAACUUGCUCAAGUCGUGGCUCGUUUCUCUCUUCCUUACCUCCAUAGCGAGAAGCGUACCUCGCGAGCUGCAUCCGACGUACCUCGUAUCAAGUCAGAACGUGGAGUACGUACGCGAGCCUCUCGGAAUGACAAACAAGCAUGUUGGCUAUGUCUAUCUCGUGGACGAGAACUUGAAGGUCCGGUGGGCAGGAUGCGCUGAUGCAAAAGUAGAGGAGACGCGUGCGCUCGAACAGUGCACUGGCGUCUUGAUCAAUAGACUCCAAAAGAAAAACAAGUCUUAGCGUUGUGUAUUAGUAUGACCACAGUUAUUUACGUUGUCCCCUGAGC